AUGAGACGACGCCGGCUCGCUGAUGGAAUUGUUGAUGACUGGCGCCGCCGACGAUGCCCUGAGCCGCUGCUUGUCCUGCCCUGCCCGACCGUCACUCGUUGCUGCUUGCUUGCUGCUCGCACCGCUGCCGCUGUACCUCCCCGCGCCCAGUCAGUCAAGCCCGGUUCAUUUACCCGCCAGGCCAGCAAGCUCCCUUCACGCCCGACCAGCACUGCUGCCGCCCUCGCUCGUGCUUUAAAAGGCUGCCCGGAGCCUGUCGAUCCUCUCGCUGGUCGAAAGAAACAACAUACUGCCGCCAAAGUUGCGCUUGAGAAGCUCGUCUGCUACGACACACCACCAGCUUGCGAGAGCUGGAAGAAACGCUUAUAUGGCUUUACCGGCCAAGCUGGGUAUGUCCGCAGCAUCUUCUGCCUUUCUAGAGUCCCGGACGCUAACCUGAAUGCCCUCCUCCCCCGUGUGCUGCGCAAUCUAGGCAAAACCGCUCCUCUGCUCAUACAGGAUGUCCUGCACCAUGACCCAGCGAGCCCUACUCGGCCGCAGUUCAAUAUCCUGAAAGACGUGCCACCUAUAUUCUACGAUAAGUCUACAUACCCGGACUACUCCGACUCGAACGCUUGUGUCCAUCGCUUCAUCACAAAGCCUCACCAGUCAGUGCUCCCGGUGAACGACAGCCAGCGUGUUGCAGGCGCCAGAUACCAGGUCUCGUCGGUAUGUCAGAAGUGUCGACUUCAUCUCGAGUUUGCAGUUGUCUUCAAGACACAGUUGGCCUGUCGACCAGGGACCGUGCACCACUUUUGUUACUUUCCCAAGGAGUCGGCGGAUAGGCUCAAGACCGUCCCCAAAUCGCCGGGACAAGCUCUAGAGGUAUACGUCUACAGCUGUACGCAGACCCAAUGCUCUGCCACAGUUCACCUGAAGCUUUGGACACCCCUUAUCAAGCCGGAAUGGGUGAGCUUGUUGACGGACGAAGACAUCUUGAAGAAACGAGUAGACGACGCCCUAGCCUUGGAACCACAACGGUUGGAAGGGAUAGGCAGACCAACGCCGUUGGUCGUCCUCACGCAUCUCAAGACAUACAUCGACAAUACUUUGCAUGAUGAACAGCGCAACAGAUCAAUCAAUAUCAUGAACAAGAAAUUCACAGUCUGCUUUGGCACCGGUGGAGAAUCCUGCAAGCAACUAUUUGAAUAUCUGGGCUUUAAGUUGGCAAAUGAUCGCUGGGAACCACCGCGGCCCGAUACAAAAGCGCUAAAGCCAUACACUGAUCCGUUAAAUAUCUUCUUGGACAACAUCUCAUUCGAGCUUCUGGUGCUUAUAAGCCAGCGGCCACAACAUGAGACAGAGGGCCAAGGGGCAAAUAUAGCUUUUACGCCUUCUAUAAGCCAGUUUAACCAGCUGCUUGGUACAACAGACUGGGCUGUCAGCGACAUGUCUAAUGAACUGAUCAUUGAAGCCUAUCGUCAGCAAAACAGAAUUAUACCGUCACGAAAUAGCUACCAUUUCAGAUGCUUACGGUCAAUUGGACACUGGAGAGACCCUGUCGACGGCAAGACGAUAAACGAUUUUGUUGAGUUAGAAACAACGAACGGCAAGUAUGCCGACGAUGAUGUACCUGAUUCUUACUCAUAUUUCAACCUUGAUUAUUACCGAGACUUUGCUCUAAGCGAUGAUUCCAUCAUCGGAUCGUUUUAUGCUCGGCUUGAAGAUACUCAAAAUGAUAUGGAGCCACGAAAACAUCUCUGGAGAAUAGGCGACUACCGCAAGAGCGAAAAGAUAAAGGCGGCUGCAGAAGAGAGAGUGACGACCGCUGAGCAAGCUGAGGUAUUCCUGGGAGUCCAUGCUGAUACCCCUGAUGAUUUCGUGAUUUCGAUGUAUACUGCAAAGAUUAGCGAUAGUCCUGACAGCAAAGAGGUAGCUAAACGAGCUGUUCGACUUAUCGCAGACAGCCGAAAGUCUGAAGCCCUACAACAUUUUCUCAAGACAGGUGAAGCCGCCUCUGCCCAAAUGGAUAUUGGGGAUGCAUUCCGCUUGCUCCAGAUCCCCGAUAGAUCGGUAGAUGAUGCUGCUAUAAUAGCUGCAUACUCAGUAUGUUGCUCGGAAGCUCCCGAGCAGAUCGAUACAUAUCGACAAGCACUUGCUGUUAUUGCCGAGGAGAGUGGCAGCGCGGUUAUCCGUAGCAUGCUGGUUGACGAUAGCGCGCCAGCGAACCGCGCGCUGUUAGACUGGCCGGUCGGACUUCGAAAUAUUGGCAACACUUGUUACCUGAACAGUUUGCUUCAAUUUUACUUUACUAUCCAGCCUUUCCGGAAUAUGGUACUGGAUCUUGACCGGUAUAAAACUGAGCUUGAUGAGGAGGUGAUUCGGAAUAAAAAGGUUGGAUCGCGAAAAGUAUCUCUUUUAGAGAUCCAACGCUCACAGAAAUUCCUUGUGCAAUUGAAAGCUCUGUUCAACGACAUGAUUACUUCCCCUGAUGCGUUCGUAACACCGACCCAAGAGCUUGCCAGGCUGACGUUGCUCAGUUCCUCAAGUGAAGCUGCGUUUCGGCGUAAAUCUCUAUCAACUCACAAGGCAUCAGAGUUAGGGGAGAUUAAUGGGAUGCCCAUCAUGGGCCCUGUCGGUCCUCCAGCUCCAAUCCCUGAAGAGAAGUCUACACCGAGUAGCAGCUCUCCAGAAAAGGAGGAGUCGGCUAAAGAAGAUGUUGGCGUCACCCCUUCUACAGGAGCUUCCAAUGAGCUAGAGUCUGGCAAUGCUUCAGACCAAACUGUGGUGCCUACUGUUGAAACAAAAGAAGUCACCUCAUCCUCCAGCGAGACCAGUAUUACACCUGAACACCCGGUGUCAGAGGCUAUUGUAGCCCCUAACAGACCACCACCAGUUCCUCCACGGCCUGCUCCACGGGUUGAUAACGAGCAGCUAAUUCGAGAAGAAGUUGAGUUGGGUGCGCAGCAAGAUGUCACGGAAGUUAUCAACAACGUGCUCUUCCAAGCUCAGUGCGCAAUUAAGCCAACCAAGAUCGACGCAGACGGGAAUCAGAUCGAUUUGAUCAUGGAUCUGUUCUAUGGACAGACCAAAUCUUACAUCACUGCAAUGAAUGGUAUACGUUCUAAAAACGAGUUCUGGUCAGAUAUCAAAGUCGAUGUCGCCACUGGCUCGAGAGACAUCUAUUCUGCCAUUGACGGUGCUUUUGAUAGACAAAAAGUACAUGUUGAUGGUGCGGACGCAGAACAGUAUGGAGCCAUCAGCAAGAUCCCACCAGUGCUACAAAUUCAAGUGCAGCGUGUGCAGUUCGAUCAGGUUAAGAAGUCAUCUUUCAAAUCCACUCACCAUUUAGAGCUAAAGGAAACAAUAUACAUGGACCGAUACAUGGACGUCCCGGAACAUGAUAAUAUGGGUCUAUAUAAACGACGCCGAGAAAAGUGGGCAUGGAACGACGAGCUUAAUGGGUUAAAAGUUCGGCGGGAGGAGCUACUAAGCAACAAUGAAUCCCUUCCCGACCUUUUUCAAGAUGCCCGUGACAAAGUCCAGGACUUGAUGUUGAUGAAGGACGAUCCUGAAAUGGGAAAUGAUGCCCUAGACAUCGAUGAAGGGGUAUUGACACACCUUUCGAAUUUGGAAGUAAUGACAAGAAAGGAACUCAUUCGCAUUGAUUCUCGGAUGGAACAACUCGCCCAUUUGAUAGAUAAUCAGUUCAACGAUAUGAAGUCUCUCCCCUACCAUCUCUAUGCGGUAUUCAUUCAUCAUGGAUCCGUGGAAUUCGGUCACUACUACAUUUACAUAUUUGACUUUGAAAAGAAGAUAUGGCGAAAGUAUAACGAUUCCGAAGUAACCGAGGUCCACAGCACGGCAGAAAUAUUUAGUGAUCGCAACGUUAAGAACCCGCCAACCCCCUACUUCCUUGUUUAUCUAAACGACGGGUUAAAGGAACGACUGGCCAAACCUGUGUGUCGUCACGUUGAGGAGCGUCCGGCACCGACCACCUCGGCGACAGAUAAUUCAAAAUCAAAACCCGGCCGAGAACGUGCAGGUGACAGAUCGGAUGUAGAAAUGACCGACUUACCUCCCAGCUAUGACGAGGCGCAAAAAACAGCCCCAGACGAGAAAGCAAUUUCGACGGGCCCAGCUGCGAUGGCGAAGAAGAAACUAUCGCCAUCUCCAGACCGCAAACGAUUAAAACGAAAGGGCGCCGAAAGUGAGGAACACCCGACUGUUGCAUCGAAGAACUAA